AUGGAGCCUGUGCCACGGGAAACAAAUGAUCAAAAUCAAAAACCAGAAGAAUCAAAAGAUCUAAAGAAGGAACUACAAGAAAUACGAGAACUACAAAUAAAAAAGCUUGAGCCUGGACCUUCUCGUCCCUCUACACCUCCACCCCCAUACGAUCCUAUGGGCGAAGUACUUGACGGCGUUUUGGUAGAGUAUGAUAUCGAAGUCAACCCCGCCGACGGAAACUACAAUGACGUUGACGAAUAUCGUCAAGAGGUUGACGGCUUCCUUCGCCUACUUUUCCGCAUAGAUAGAACCAAUACGGCAUACUCACCUCUGAAGUAUGAUUCUCACAUCACAAUACCCGACGAUGAAGGAGAAACUAUUGUAAGGGCGAUGGCCUAG